AUUUGAUUCAUUGGUUUCGGCUUUUUAUAUUGUUUGGAUAACUGUCUAAUUCUAAUUUGAUUUCAACGACUGAUAUGCUGGAAUGUUUAAAACUUCAAGCUAUUUGGAUUUCAUACUUGGGAGCUAUUAUUGAUAAACAAUGUCAAAUUACAAAAUAGACGAUGAUGCUUUAAAAGCAGCAGCAAAAAGAGGCAAGCCACCGGUGGAGAUCUACAGGCCGGGAAGUGGUCCUUUGCCGCCUCGGAAGACGGGGCGAGGAGACGAUGAAGUGCCUGACACCAUUUUGCCACAGAAAGAACAGAGGAAGUUUGAAGGCAGCGGCAGAGGAGGAGAAAGAGACAAACCAAGAGGACCCGGUGGUGGAGGAGGAGGAGGGGGUGGACCCUCAUCGAAAAACCACUUGGAAGUGAGCAAUAUUGUGAACGCAUUGAUAAAAGUGCAGGAAGGCCGGCGCAACAACGUGGAAUCCCCACAUUCAGCCGGCGAAGACACACUCAAGAAAAAUCGAAACAGAAAACCAGAAUCAAAGUUGUACGUUGCCAAGCAUUCGCAAAGUCAACAGAAUCUUGACUCAGACAAUGUACACGAUAAGUCUGUUAGGAACAAUAAUAGAGUGAAUAAUAGUUUCAAAGAGGGUAACAACAGGGUUCAAUCAGAUACCACCAACUCGGUGGAUCGGAAUCAAAGUGUGAAAGGGAAGGACAGAAAUAGGGGCGGCACAGUUUCCGAUGAUGAGAAUUCCAAUUCGCAAUCUUUGGCCAGUGGUCGGAAUACUUCGGAUAGGUCAAAGAAAGUCAGGAAUGAUAGAAGAAAGAGGGAGAAACGUAGGGGAGGUGGUGGCGGAGGUAUGAGGAACGAUGCCAACCGGCAAAUGAAUGGCUUCCAGGAGCAUCAACCCGAGAAAACAUCGCAGCCCUCCUCCCGCGGGCAAGAGAGUGUCGCCUCCGAUAAUAGUCAUACCUAUGAGUCGAGCAAUUCGAACUUUGAGCAUGCCAACAACAAUAUAAACACGGACAGGAGUAUGAGACACGCGUCCGAGCCUCGAGUGAUGAGUGCCAGUCAUCAUUACGGACAUCAGCAGCAGCCCUAUGAUAACACCAACAGAUCGACCAGAGAUACUCAUAGCAUGGAACACAAUGAUUCCGGCUGGACUGGUUAUGGUGGCGGUGAUAAGGCAAAGCCAAGGGACAAUAGAAGACACAUGGGUGGUAAAAAUCAUAAAACUAAUCAUCAUAGUAACACGGAGAUUCCGCCUCGGUUCCAGAAGAAGAAGCAGAUGGAGAUGAAGCAAAUAGGCGCCGAUGAUUGGGACGGGUCAUCGAUGGUAAUACAGGCGAGUAGUUCAGCGGCGGCUAUGUACUCGUAUCCUGCACCCACCCACACUGUGCCACCCCCUCCCCCACCCACCCACCACCCACCGCUGCAUCACCCACACGCCGCCAUGUACCGCGGACCCAUGCCUCUGUUCGCGCCGCAUGCCCACCAGCUGGGGCCCACCUGGCACAACCAGAUGCCCCUGCCACGCGGUCGUGGUCGCGGAGGUCUGCCGCCCCGCCCUGACAUGCGCAACACCCGCUCCCUCACCCCCGACCGCCUUAUCUACGCAGACGAUCACCGCUACAACAUGUCGUCGCUCCAGGACAACUACCCAUCUCGACACUACAACAACAACAACAACCAUCACAAUCCAGCAGUCGAUGACUCGAAAAAAGAACACCCUCCCCAUCACCCCACAUCUGUACCACCUCCAACCCUCCCCCACCAGACCGAAAGCUACAACUACAAUCCACAGCCAGCAGCCAACCGACAACUGCAGGUGCAAUCGACAUCUCAGCCAGCGAUUACUAGCCACAAAGUCGACAAUGAUGUUCGCAAAGUGGAGGAGCCCAAAGUUUCAGCAGGCAACAAUCAGUCAGCACCCACCGACCGGCUCCCCGAAUCUCCUCAGUCUAAUAAUGAUGAUGCCGCCAAGGUUCCGGCCUCAAAUUCACUGGAUUGGGUAGAAGAGAUUGAAAGAACCGAAAGACUUCAAGCUAGAAGCGAUCUUUCACGAUCGACAUCAGCGACAAGCCUACAUGAGACUUCGCCCAGGCCGAAAGACCAGGGAAGCAUGCGAAAGAAGCGUGAACCCAGACGAAAAAAGAGGCAAGGAGGACGUAAUGAGCCUACUGAGAGGAGUCCGAGCCGUGACAGCAGACGUGAUCGAGGUGGCAGUCACGAGAGCCUGGACCAUUGUCAGUGGCGCAGAGGCGAGAAAGAGAACCUCUCAUGGCGAGCGAACAGUCACGACAGAAACGCGAGCGGCAGCAGCCGACACAAUAGCGCGGAACGCUGGCAACACCGCGGCAGUCGUAACAACAGUGCUGAACGCUGGCAACACCGCGGCAGUCGUAACAACAGUGCCGAACGCUGGCAACACCGCGGCGGAGGCAGCAGCCGUAACAACAGCGCGGAACGUUGGCAACACCGCGGUGGCGGUGGAAACACCGAGUGGUUCAGAAGUGGAGGAGGAGGCGGAAGCGGCAGAGAAGGAAGAGAGGGGAAGGAUAGGGAUAGGAGGGGCAGGUACAGGAAUGGCAGUAGAGAGAGAAGGGGUGAUCGCAGGAAUAGGAGAGGAAGCAGUGAGUUGUGGUCGAACAAAGGCUCUGAGGAAACCAACUGGCGUAACGAGCUGAGACCGCCUGAGCCCAGGCCUGGCGAUACUCUCGAACAAGCAGCAGGUGUAGCAGCAGCCACUAGUAACCCCGCCCCCACCAGUCAGAAGUCACCGGGCAUCCUGGUGCUGCCUCCGUCCAGCUCAGCCUCACUGAACACCAGCUCACCACGCGCCGCCACCUCCAAGCAGCAGCAAGGCCAGCAGCCGACUGAAGCACCACCAGCAGCUGACGACACGUGCUUCAAGCAGCCGCUUCCCCCUCCACCCAUCGCCGCGCAUGCGCAGAGACAGCUGUUCAACCCAAACAACCCCAACGAGCCCAUCAUUGUUGCUUCGUCGCCUGGCCUCAGGGGCGCGGCCCCUCCCAUCAGCUCAUCGGGACCCUAUGACACCGGCCAGUAUGCAGCAACACAUGGCGAAGUCGAUAAAUGCCGAAAUGUGCAAGACCAACAGAUACUUUCGGAUAUAGGAAGAUGCGAGUUCGAAAUUGAAAUGAUUCUAGCAAAUGGUCACAUUGUCCACACCAUGGAAUGGAGAUACAAGCUUCUUGAAAUGCAGAAAGUGUUGUUGAUGACAAAGAUGAAUUUCUGUCAAGAAAAGAACAUCGAGCAACGCAUUUGGAAAGCGGUGUUCCAUAAUAUUAUCGAAUAUCUCCGCAAAAUGAUGGCUGACUACCCAGAUACUACAGACCGAUGCAUCGAUCAAUUUAGCUUUUAUUGCAUUCUUAAACCUUUUUGGGCACUCAAUACAUUUUAUUUCAAUAGGAAGAGAGUUAUAAGCUCUUAA